CGGCUCCGGUGUCCGGCACCCUUUUCCGGUGUAGUGGCUGGUGGGUCAUUCAGUGCUGUCGGCGGGUUUGGUGCUUUAAAAAAGAUGAUCUGCGUUAAAGGACGCGCGAGUAACCUUGCUAGUUAUGUAAAGGCUUCAUCAAAAGCCGUAGCGUCACAAGUCCAGCCGAUAAGUCCAGUUGUUGAGGUAAAAAAAGAACUGAAGGUGCCGCCGUCGCCUGCUAAGCUCUCGCAUUAUGCCCUUGCGAAGUCUUUGCCAACGAGGGAACUGCUUGCUUGCUCGGGAAGCUUUACAGCCCCAGCCCAAGUACGAAUGGCUCACACGGACAUCAAGGUGCCCGAUUUUUCUGCCUACCGAAGGAAAUCAAAGUUGGAUCCGGCCAGCUCGUCGCGGGAUAGCGAGGUGUCCAGCAAAGUGCAGACCUACCUUAUUCUCGGCGCUGGAGCUGUGGGGGGCACCUAUGCUGCCAAAUCCCUCGUGACGAAAUUUGUGAUGGCCCUGGCUGCCUCGGCUGAUGUCCUGGCCAUGGCCAAACUCGAGGUGAAGCUGAGUGAUAUUCCGGAAGGCAAGAAUGCUACCUUCAAGUGGCGUGGAAAGCCGCUGUUUGUACGUCAUCGGACAAGUGAGGAAAUCAGCAGGGAAGCUUCUGUCGACUUGGCCUCUCUACGGGAUCCACAGGAUGACAAAGAACGGACACAGAACCCAGAGUGGCUGAUUGUCUUGGGUGUCUGCACUCAUCUGGGCUGUGUGCCUAUUGCCAACGCGGGAGACUUUGGCGGCUACUACUGCCCGUGUCAUGGGUCUCACUAUGAUGCAUCUGGCCGCAUCCGCAAAGGGCCGGCACCUCUAAACCUAGAGGUGCCUCCAUAUGAGUUUACCACCGACUCAACAGUUCUUGUGGGUUAGCACGUUUAGAUGUAGAUUAAAACUCCCGGCACAGCCACUGUGCACUGCAUGCAGCAGCUGUGUUCUUGUACUGUAGGCACCUGCCAGUAAAGCUACAUUGUUCAAAUUC